CCUAAAACCGCAAAUUGCGGGGAAGGGCCCAAGACUGGAACUACCCCUCUCUUAUUUGUUUAAGCCCCCAUCUCUCUCUCUCUCAUCUCUGGGGAGGGCAGUUCCGGCAUUUUGUGCUUUGGAAUUUCCCCGCCCUCUGUCUACUCGAGGAGGAGGGCAAGGAGCGUGGAGUGCAGUGAAGAUAAUGAGGAAAGCACAUAAAAAGCCGAGACAGAAAGCGAGUUUUGAGUGGUUUGAGAGAGAGCGAGUGGUUUUAAAGAGAGAAAGAGGAGAGUGUAUGUAAGAGGGAUUUUGAGGGAGAGAGGGGUCGAGGUUUUUUUGGAUGGUUUAUUAUAUAAAGCGAUUUUUAGAGAGAGAGAGAGAAAGAGAAAGAGGUGUUUUGUGUGGGGCUUGCAUUUCCCUGGUUCAUGGUUUUUGGAAAAGACAAAAGGUGGAAGAGGAAUGGCAACACUAAAAACCUGGGGUUAGAGGUGAAGUUAAAGGGGAUGAUGAUAUAGUUAGAGUUAGUGGGAGAGAGAAGAUGGAGGGGGCAGAGGAAGAGCUGGAGAGAAGGAGCAGGUUCCUGAGCCAAUUGAUAGAGAAGAAGAAGGCAGGGGAUCAGCAAAAGGAACAGCAGUUACUGAAUGUGAAGGUGAGGGCUUCUGAUAUGCCUCUGUCUCUACAAAACGCUGCCUUUCGCUGCGCCAGAGACUCCCUUGACUCCAUGCCUAAGCUCGACAGCAAACGCCUCGCCCUCGCCCUGAAAAAGGAAUUUGAUGUAUCAUAUGGUCCGGCUUGGCAUUGCAUUGUGGGGACUAGCUUCGGUUCGUAUGUCACUCACUCCUCUGGAGGUUUUCUGUACUUUUCAAUUGACAAGGUUUAUAUUCUUCUCUUUAGGACGGCAGUUGAGCCUUUGGACUAGAAUGAUAUGCAUGAAAUGCUACUUCUUGAAAUUGAAAAGAAUGUCUCAACUUGAAAGAUAAGCUGAGUUGUAUAUCUUGAUCAACACUUGGUAUGCAAUGCAUGGGGUCUUGGUACUUCCUUGAUAACA